UUUUCCUUUCCUUCUAUCUACUUGAACAACAACGAUCAAAAUAUAGGUUCUGUGGAUUAAUAUAUCUGAAAUUGGAUUAAUAUGCCACGGGAAAUUAAAGAAGUUAAAGAUUUUCUUAAUAAGGCACGCCGUUCUGAUGCGCGUGCUGUAAAAAUCAAGAAAAAUCCCACUAACACCAAAUUUAAGAUCCGUUGUUCGAGGUUCCUUUACACCCUUGUCGUACAGGAUAAAGAAAAGGCUGACAAAAUUAAGCAGUCUUUACCGCCUGGACUACAAGUAAAGGAGGUGAAAUAAACUACUAAAUGAUGGCAGUGCCUCAAUAUUUCUACUGCUAAGGAAUACAUUUUGGUUCGCGAUAAAUUUGUUUCUGAAUAAUAAAAUGAAUUAAUUGCACCUAACAUAAAUUUAGUCUUGAUUAUAUUAAAACUAAAAUUUACAUACAGGAAAAAUGUAUAUAUAAACAAUCACGUUCACUCUAUAUAUGUAACCUUGAUUUUAAGACGCAUAUGGUUUUGCCUAUUGUUUAUAAAGAAUUUGGAUAGCUUUGGGUCAGCAAGUGGCACCUUUAACGCGUACGGAAAAUCGAGUUCGCACAGUAUCAAUCAGUUCCACGUCUGAGCAUCUCAGUUUUAAUGCAAACAAAAUUUUCAAUUUUAUAGGAGCACUGGGAUUAGACUACUGUAUUAUUGAGCUGUCAUAGCAGUACCCGAAACAUAAAUGAAAAAUCUUUCGUUUUUUAUAAUCUCAUAUCUCGGUUUUAAUUUGUAGUUUCAUAUCUAUAAUCUGUAGCUUAUAUUGGAAAGUGAUUGAUACCGAAAAAUCUCUGGUUGAGUUCCAGGACUGAUACCCGCGCUCAGUUAAUGGGAGAGCUAGUAAUGCAUUUCAACACUUUCAGUGGCUCGCAGCUUAUUUAAAAGCGAAACAAUUUUGAACAAAAACCAAAUGAAACCUUUUCCGUGCCGCAGCUUAUAUCGUGCAGUUCAUUCAUUUAACCUUUUAUAUUUUCUGUCAUU